AGAAAGAAGCUCUCCACAUAUUAGAACGAUUUCUAUUAAGCAUUUAUUAUAAGGGCGUCGUCAGCCAUUUUCCAUUUAAGUUUUGAAUUAUUAAAUUUUGAAAAAGAUUAAAUUCUUAAAAUGAGUUCUGAAAAAUAUUUUAAGGAUGAUUUUGCUAAUUUGGUUGAUGAUAUUGAAAGAAAAGUAGAGUUAUCAAAAAAGGGAAAGCGUAAGGCAAAAAAUCCCUUUUCAGCAGGGUCCAAAAACUUGAUUGUAAAUUAUUUGCCUCACGAAAUGGACGAAUUGGAUUUGAUUAAAUUAUUUAGUGUUGUUGGGGAAGUUGAGAAAGUUCACUUAAUGAGAGAUUUGACGAAUAAAGCAGCUGGACCAGGAAAAAGUUUGGGAUAUGGUUUUGUAGAUUAUGUGAAUGCAGCUGAUGGAGAAAGAGCUGUUGAUGUUCUCAAUGGUUCAAAGAUUCUUAACAAAACAAUAAAAGUCUCUUAUUCUCGACCUUCUUCGGAUAAUGAGAAAUUUACCAAUAUCUAUAUAUCUGGUUUACCCAACUCUUUUACGCAGAAAGAUCUAGAAGAUUUGUAUUCACAAUAUGGAACUAUCGUAUCAUCAAAAAUAGUCGAAAAUGAGCAAGGAGAAGGCCGAAACAUCGCUUUUGUACGUUUUUCAAAACGGGAGGACGCUACAAAUGCUAUAAACUCUACAAAUAAUACUACCCCACCCGGAUGCGUGUCAAAAAUACAAGUUCGCCUCUCCAAUUCUGCGAAUUCUAAGAAUGUGGAACUUAUGAAGCGUCGCAAAUUGAAUGAUUUAUCCGAUCUUGAACAAGAUGAAACUUUUAUCAUAUAUGUUUAUAACUUAAAUCCAGAUACAGAUGACAAUGCUUUAUGGAAACUUUUCGGGGCUUUUGGAGCAAUUAAGAACGCUAAGAUUGUUUUCGAUCCGGUUACUAAAAAAUGUAAAGGUUUUGGAUUUGUGACAAUGAAAAAUCUAGAUGAAGCCGUGCAGGCAAUUCAAACAUUGGAUGGUUAUACGCAUGAUAAUCGAAUUUUGCAAGUCAGCUUCAAAAACAAGGAUCGUGAGUUAGAUAUUAAUGGUUUGAAUUUAAAUGAUAUAACUGGAACACAUACAUUAUAUGUUUAUAAUAUAAACCCUGAAACGCCUGAUAACGCGAUAUGGAAGUUAUUUGGACAAUUUGGCGCUGUUAAAAAUGUAAAAGUAAUACACGACCAGGAUAACAAAAAUUUCAAAAGCUUUGGCUUCAUUACAAUGAAAAAUUUAAAUGAAGCGCAAGAAGCAGUAAGAGUUUUAAAUGGAUUCACUUUGGACAAUCGUUUAUUGCAAGUCAGUUUCAAAACCCGCAAACGUUCCGAAUCAGGAGACACUUAUCAAAAUGAAGCUUUGGAUUCUAAAGUUCCAGCACACAUUGCAACAGAUCGAUUUGGAACAAUUCAAAUUUUUGUGUACAAUUUAUCUGCCGAUACUGAAGAAAGACACUUGUGGAAACUUUUCGGCCAAUUUGGUGCUGUUAGCAAUGUUAAGGUGAUUGAGGAUAAAAGUGCAAAAUUCGAAUACAAAGGACAUGCUUUUGUAUCAAUGAAAGAUUAUAAGGAGGCAUCUUUAGCUGUUGGAGCUCUUAAUGGAACAAUAUUUGACGACAGGGUUUUGCAGGUUAGCUUCAAGCUUAAAUCAAAUAAGCAUAAUGAUAACUAAGAAUUUUAAAAACAAAACCUUUUAUUAAGAAUUUUUCGAGAAAAACCCAUACAUAAUGGGAUUCUAAGCAAUUUCAAUUAACAAGUCAAAAUAAACCUUAAUGGAUUGGUAAAUAAAUUAAGUACAUACAAACAUAUAA